GGUUUUAGGUCCCAAGAAUGUGGGCGAGAGCCCUUUGCCUGGCGAUCGAUGGAAAUGCGGGGCUAGGCCGCAGGUUCUCCUGCUCCACGCGCAUACACGCUUACGCCCAGAACUUAGGUAGUUCGCGAACGCAUCUAGAGUUUAUGUCAUGGCUAAGAAGGCGCGGCGAAGAUAUGAACAGCAUUGCUGUCGCCAUUGGGAUGUCUAAACACGGGAGGGCUUUGUUCGCUCAUCGACCAAUGUGUGCCGGCGAAUGUAUGAUCAAGUUCUCACAAAAUCUGGUGCUUACUCCUGAAAAGCUUCCUUGCGAAGUGAUUGCCUUGUUGGAUCAAGCAAACGAGUUUACGCGGGUCUCACUUCUUGUCAUGGCCGAGAAACGCAAAGGCCAGAACUCGGCGUGGGCACCUUACAUCGAAUGUCUACCGUCCUUCGGUGAAAUUCACAGCACUAUCUUCUGGGACCCGAAAGAGUUGGCUUGCCUCGAAUGCAGUCCUAUACAUCGUGGGACGGGCGAGAGAAACGCCCUCUUACAAUCGGAGUACAGGGAAGUGAAAAAAGUUGUAGAGUCUUGUCCGCAUUUAUACGAUCCAGAUGUGUCGCUUGAACAGUUCAAGCACGAGUAUGCAACAGUUUCUUCUCGCGCUUGGGGUCAAGGGCCUCACAGUGACAUGACAAUGAUUCCUCUUGUCGAUUUUGCCAAUCACGAUCCGCGGUCCCGGACACUCUUUUCACACGCAGACGACAAUUGUACAGUAGUCGUAGCAUCUCGAGACUACCAAACUGGAGACGAAGUUCACAUUUGUUAUGGUGACCAUUCAAACGCAGUUUUAGCACUGGACUACGGCUUUGUUGUUCCCGACAAUCCUUUCGACGAGGCUGAGAUCUUCCUGGAGAUCCCAUCUGAAGACCCUCUUCGCGAGAUCAAACUCCAGUACAUGGCGCAAAACAACAUGAACACAUUGCGGGAUUCGAAUGGCACUCAAACCGGUGGACGGCCGUUCACUAUAAUGGAGGUGACCAGCCGAGGCGGGAAAGAAGUGGUAGUUCCUUCCGCUGCGCGUGCGUUCGCUCGGAUCAUCACGUCGGAUUCUUUGGCUGACUUGCAGGAGCUAAACAGAGAAUCGGAAGUUUAUGGCGUUGUGCCGUUCGCAUCCCGGCCAAGGCAUGACAGAAGAAAAGAGCAGCGAGCUACGAACUUACUUCUCGCUCUCAUUGAGGCUCACGCGGAUGAGCACAAAAGAGCAAUCCAGAGUCUGGAAGCUACUGCUUUGAGACCAGAGCGCCGGUACAUUGCCGAGUGUGUGUUACAAGGCGAGCUUUCUUUGCUAUUGAAGGCCUCCACCUCAGAGAUCGAGAGGUAUGGAAACAAUUCUUGAGAACGAUUGUCUCAAACUUCGUCCAGUGGUAUUCUCUUUUGCCGGAUCAUUGUCGAUCAUCUUUUUGAUGAGGUCCUGGAAAAUAGAUUUUGCGCGAGCAUGAAAUGCAUAGCACAUCGUUCUUGACAAGUGAAACCAUCACUCUUUUAGAUAGGAAGAAUUAUUCUAAUUUGAAUUGGUAAAGCUCACAAGUUGGUAAA